AAUCAACUAAAUACAUGAAUCAAUUGAAUCAAAUCGAUCAACGGGUGGGUGACAAUGAGUCGAGCCUUGGUGAAAGUGAUCGCGAGUGUCGUGGCGUUGACGAGUACAAUUAGUAGUGCCAGCGAGUUCAACAUUGGACCGUGCCACUUUCAGUAUCUGGAACCGUGCAGCUCGGACACGAUCCAGUACUAUCUGUUUACCAGUGACAACCCGGAGGGAGCCCCAGUUCUGCUGGACAAUAUCGAUCCCCACGUGCCGGAAGGGGUCAACCUGACCUACCAGAACAAAAUGAUCGUGCAUGGUUACGCCGGGAAUAUCGACUUCAACGCGACCAAGUUGAUCCGAAAUGCGUACCUGCGCCAACCCGCCACCAACGUGCUGGUCGUGGACUGGGGAAAACUGUCCAAGCUGCCCUGCUACCCGACGGCGGCCUUCAACACGAAACAGGCCGGCGAGUGCACGGCGACAUUUCUCAUCGGCCUCAAGGCCAACCAUCCGGAGUUCAGCUGCCGGGACCUGCACGCCAUCGGAUUCAGCCUCGGUGCCCACGUACUCAGCUUCACCAGCAACGCACUGGAGAAGGCGAUUGGAAUCAAAUUCAAACGGAUUACAGGUCUCGAUCCGGCCCUUCCGUUCUUCGCGACCGCCCGCCAGCACUGGAAGCUGGACAUUACGGAUGCGGACUUUGUGGACGUGAUCCACACGAACGCCGGGGUGUACGGCAAGAUCGAGACGUGCGGCCACGUGGACUUUUACAUGAACGGCGGCCAGAACCAGCCGAUUUGCGAGAACGAUUCCAAUCAACCCCUGUGCAGCCACAUGAUGGCUCCGGCGUACUUCGCCGAGUCGAUCACCAGCAAGGUGGGUUUCUGGGCCACCAAAUGUACCAGCUAUUUUACGUACUUUUUCGGCUUCUGCCGAUAUAAAUCCGAACAGCAACUGCAACAGCAGCAGCUUCAACCAGUCGACAACGACCUGAACCAGGAAAAUGGCUACGGCGAAAACAGUCUGGCUGCCGUCGAUACCAAUCGAAUAUUGAUGGGCGAGCACUGCCAGAAUGACGACAUCAAGUUCUACCUGUUCACCCGGUCGAACCCGGAGGACCGACAGUACGUGCACAUUGACGACACGAUGGAGAAAUCAAAUCUCAGCUCGUCUUACUUUAACCCGUCGCUGCCGACCAAGGUGAUCAUUCACGGGUACAACGCGGACAUGUUUUUGGCACCGUUGAUCAACAUGAAGGGGGAGUAUCUGAGUCGAGGCAGUUACAAUUUAUUUUACGUGGACUGGAGUUUGCUGGGUCCGGGACCGUGCUAUCCGUCGGCGGUGCACAACACUAAGCACGUGGGAACUUGCAUCGCACAGUUGGUCGAACGAAUGCUUGAUUCCGGGACGGACGAUAUCCACCUGAUUGGGUUUUCGCUGGGUGCCCAGGUUACGAACUAUGUGUCGGUCAAGCUGCGACCGUUCCAUUUGAGACGUAUCAGCGGACUGGAUCCGGCAAUGCCACUGUUUAUUACGGCCCCAGCUGAUGACAAGCUCGAUCCUUCGGACGCCAACUUUGUAGACGUUAUCCACACGAACGCGUUGGUUCAGGGCAAGAUCGAGCGAUGUGGUCACGUGGACUUUUACAUGAAUGGAGGGAUCAUCCAGCCAGGAUGCUGGGGAGGAGGACAAAACCCAAUGGCGUGCAGUCACCAUCGAGCUCCGGACUACUUUGCGGAAUCCAUCCGAAGUCUGUCCGGUUUCUGGGGUUGGCAGUGCAAUAGCUACAUCUACUAUCUGCUUGGCUUUUGUCCUCAAAAUGCGUUCCAGGUGAUGGCAGGUGAGGACUGCAAUCCGGGCACGGAGGGAAUGUUCAUGAUCACCACCAACUCCGAUUCGCCGUUCGCGAUCGGACGCUGGACCGACACCAACAAUGUGUACAAAAAGGAUGCCGUGCUGAACAAGUUUGGACUUCGACGAGAUCCCUUCAUCAGCGACAUCGACCAGUGGGGCAAGCUCGAGGGAAACUUUAACAACGUGGAACAAUUUCCCACGCCAUACUCGCAAGAUCCAAACAACGCCAACGAUGACGAUUGGCCGUACUUCAACCACAUUGGCACAAAUAAACUAACCAAAGAAUACAUUAGAAAGAUUGUCGAGCAGGACAAGUCCCGUUACGAGGACACCACAGAGCACAGUAAACCACAUCCUAAUCUGAGGAUCAGCAGUCCCGAGAUCAAUAACGAUAUCGAUCAACGAACAGAAUUGACCGAUUUGAGGAGACGACUUCAGCUGAAGGAAGCCAGCGUGAUGGAGCACUAUUCAGUACCGGUACUGAACACUCGUUAGAACGACGCGUUGAAUGAAAUAAAGUGCAGUAGAUUGUGUUUUUGCAA